UAGAGCCACAGCCAACCUCACAGCUAAUUAGUUCAACCCUUGACAAAAGGUGGGCCAGCCACUGAAGAGAACCCCCGGGGCGAGCGUAACGGGCCACUAUAGACUGUUCCCGGAGGCUGGAGAGGAGACGGGAGAUAGAGGAUCUCCUCAUGUUCAACUUAACUGAUGUUUAUUCAAUUUUCACUUCUUAGUAGCACGUAAGAUCUAGAAAGGGAGGACGUGUUAUUUCGAGACCUGUGGAAUUGGUGCAGUUGGAAAUUAUGUCGGGAGCGGAGUCUGAUGAUGACAGAACCUUCAAAGACUUGAAUGUUGUGGAGCUGCUUCACAAGUUCUGGGAAGAUAAACAGGUGAAAAAUGUGAUGGAGACAGAAAGUUUGGUGGUUUAUGAGUCCAUCCCCUCACCCAGCCCUCCAUUCAUUUGUUACGUCACUUUACCAGGAGGCAGCUGCUUUGGAAAUUUCAAGUAUUGUUACAGUAAAGCUGAGGCCAGGCGUGAUGCAGCUCGUAUCGCAUUCAUGAACUCAACAUUUAAUGAGUUGCCCUGUCGCCGUAUCACUCCUGAGUUCAUUUCAUGCAGUGUAAAGGAGGCCGUCAGCACCACCAGUGGUAACAUCACAGAUGCCUCCGACCCUAGCACCAGUAUAGGAGCUUAUUGCCUCAUGCUGGAGCUGAACACUGGGAGAACCAUGCUGGAAUUUCAGGAAAUAAUGACAGUUUUUCAACUUUUGCACUGGAAUGGAUCUCUGAAGGCUUUUCGGGAGAUGAGAUGUAGUCGUCAGGAAGUGAUCCUUUAUUAUUCACAGCAGCGUCUGAAUGAGCGCACACGUAGUCACAUGGCUCUGGACUGGCUGCAGAAAGAGCGUCAGUCCCCCGGUCUGCUCUCACAAGAGCUCCAGGUGGCCGUGAAGGAGCUCGGAGAGGCCCGACGAGCCGGCAGGGAACUCCGCUUUUACAAGGAGAAGAAAGAGAUCCUGAGUCUGGCUCUGAGUCAUGCUAACGCUGAGGAUCUAGAGGGUUACCACAGCGAGGAGAUGUGUUGGAGAGAAGGGACUGAGUUUGAGUAUCGGGAGAAGAGUAUGGAUGGCAAGCACAGUCAGUUUUACUCUCAGGGGAGUGUGAGCGAUGAAGAAUCUGUAGAGUGAGCUUAUUACGACUUGGAUGGCUUAUAUUAUUUGGAUAAAAUGUAAAUAGUGUACAUUUUCAUUUUUUCUAUUUUUGGGGUUUUAAUAAGGAAUUCAUUAAAUACAGAAACAUUUAAACCCUUUGCAGUCCUAAUUAAAUUAUAUAAAUUAUAAUGGUUUCCAUACACUCCAAU